AUGCAUUCAGAUCUGGAAGUCUUGAGUAAACUUGGCUUGAUCCUAAACACAUACAGACCAGAAAAACAAAUACUGCUCUUUGCUACAGAAAGGCUACUGAAAUUAAAUACAACGAAUAAUCCAACGAAAGGAAAGAUUUUCUAUACUUUACAUUUCAUUAAGUUCAUGGAGAUUUCCUUGUGGGAAAAUUUUGAAAUGAGGAAAUAUGGAAAGAACAAUGUAAUGUAUAAACAUUCACCCACCAACCGGACCAAGCUGCGGGGCCUCUACACGACCGCCAAGGCCGACGCGGAGGCCGAGUGCAACAUCCUCCAGAAAGCCCUGGAUCAGAUCGCUGAGAUCAAGUCUCUGCUGGAAGAGAGGCGGAUUUCGGCCAAGAUCGCGGGCCUCUACAAUGACUCGGAGCCGCCUCGGAAGACCAUGCGCAGGGGCGUGCUGAUGACCCUGCUGCAGCAGUCGGCCAUGACCCUGCCGCUGUGGAUCGGGAAGCCUGGUGACAAGCCCCCGCCCCUCUGUGGGGCCAUUCCAGCCUCCGGGGACUAUGUGGCCAAGCCUGGAGACAAGGUAGCUGCCCGGGUCAAAGCCGUGGACGGGGACGAGCAGUGGAUCCUGGCCGAGGUGGUCAGUUACAGCCACGCCACCAACAAGUACGAGGUGGAUGACAGUGAUGAAGAAGGCAAGGAGAGGCACACCCUGAGCUGGCGGAGAAUCAUCCCACUGCCACAGUGGAAGGCCAACCCCGAGACGGACCCCGAGGCCUUGUUCCAGAAGGAGCAGCUCGUGCUGGCCCUGUAUCCCCAGACCACCUGCUUCUACCGUGCCCUGAUCCACUCGCCCCCACAACGGCCGCAGGACGACUACUCAGUCCUGUUUGAAGACACCUCAUAUGCGGACGGCUACUCCCCGCCCCUCAACGUGGCCCAGAGGUACGUGGUGGCCUGUAAGGAGCCCAAGAAAAAGUGACACGGCGGCAGACCCGCCCUGCGCGGCCAGCCUCCCUGGGGAAGGCAGCCAAGGAUUUUCUGUGACCAAAUAAAUCCCCUCA